AUGGUCAAGUUCCCCAGCCUCUCACAGACUGCACGUGUAUGCAACGCCUGGGGCGAGUCGGACACGGCGACCGGGUUCCACCACACCCAGUCCCCGGGUGGCAGGUGGUUCAGAGAAUGGGAUCAGGCGCACAUCGCUGAGGUCCAAUCGUGCGAUCAGGCUGCCCUUGGUGCCUCCAGUCGGACUCACGGCAAGCACCCUGCUCCGGUCGAGCCUCUCGAAGGAGAGCCACAUCCCGCCCCUGCCGCUCAGCCAAUGCACCAGGUCCUCGUGCCGAUGAACAGCGAGAGUUUGAGUGAGGUCGACCCGACCAAGCCACGAGCUCGUAAAGGGCUCCUCAACGGCGCCCGCCCGCCUGCCCCGGGCCAGUUGAUACUCAAGGCUUACAAGGCCUUGCACGGCAACCCGGCGGCUGCGAUCUGCGGCGAUGCGGGCUGUACUCCGUCGUCGCUACUGCUGCUUUGGUUCGCUUCCGAUGCAGACUGUCCCCCGACCACAGGCGAUCAGAUGCUCGAAGAGAGUGACAGCAAAGAGGAGACCUGGGACACCGAGGAGCCUGUCGGCGACGCGUCAGGCGACGAUUGA